UAUGGGCAAAUGCGAUCGACGGCGACUUUCCGGAGGCCUCUCAAGGCUUCCUCCAAGAGGGAUCCAAGGCGGAUGCAGGUCGUUCUGGCGAUGCUCCUGCUCGUCCUCGACUCGGCUUCUGCUUCGAGCUCCAUGGUGUUUUCGAUCCUUUCCUUGGGCAACAAUAUCAUAGAUACAAAUUACGUCUCUUAUCCAGGAUAUUCCAUUAUCAAGUGCUCGGCGGUGUGUCAGCAGAUGCCAGACUGUAGCAUUUUCACCUACGACACCACAACGAACGACUGCCACGUGGCGCCAGAGCUGACCGAAAUCAUCGUUCUCGUUGCGUCACCAGCUAGUCGCAUCACCUACUUCUCCUGGAUCAUCGAUGGCUAUAUUUACAAUGUGACUGAGACGAUGGGAACCUGGGGGGACGGGAAGGUAGCUUGUGAGAUGAUGGGUGGGAAGAUGACUGUCCUACCAACCACGAGCUUUGGUGUCGUGAUUCACCACCUGUACGAUUUGGUCUACCUUGGCAUAUCGAGGCCGGUGGGCAGUACGGAUAAAAACACGUGGUAUGACGUCAAUGGGAAUGUGAUCACGCAGUACACGAGGUGGGGUCUUAACCAGCCCAAUAACUACGGCGGGGCGCAGUAUAUAGUACGAAUCUAUCUGGGGUUCUUGGAUGAUAACUCAGACACAAAUCCUCUCAGAUCACUGUGUGCGAUCCGCUUGUAGGAGGGUGGGAUAACCGGCACAGCAUUCCCAAACGCGUGAAUGUGUUCCGAACUCUUCCCGCCCGAUACUUAUAACAUAUUGACAGCCUGCUUAUGUGAGUUUAAGGUCCUUUCAGUGCGUGACGACUCCUGCCUCCGCCGAGAUGCUGGAUUACGGCGUUAAAAUUUAUUGAUUGAUCAUUUAUAAGUAAUGCUUUAUGAAUAUUAAUGUUGCCUUUUGUUGCUAAGAACCAAGAGAAUUAGAAAACAAAAAUCAUGUAUAUUCUAGGAAUAGAAAGCAAGCAAAAUAAUUUGACCAGUGGUAUUUUGUUUACAACAAAAUCCAAAACCUUAAUAUUGAACUAACCAGUUGCUUUUUCAUAUCAUUAUAACUUUAAUGUGAAAUUUUCCCUAUUUUCUUCACUCUACCAUUUUUAUUUUAACGAUUAUACCUUAUAUAU